AUGUCGGUGAUAGAUUUGCAAAUCUUUGCUGCACCACGUAUUACUCUGAAGCCCUUGGUUCCAAGCUUUCCUUGUUUUGCCAAUAUCUCUGUGUCUCUCAUGGACAAGCCACAUGUUGACUUUGGACUGAAGCUUCUUGGGGCUGAUCUUAUGUCAAUACCUGGCCUCUAUCGGUUUGUCCAGGAGCUUAUAAGGGAUCAGGUUGCGAAAAUGUAUCUAUGGCCCCAAACCCUGGAAGUGCCUAUUUUGGAUCCAGCAAAAGCUUUCAAGAGGCCGGUUGGACUUCUCAACGUCAAGGUUGUGAGGGCCAUGAAACUAAAGAAAAAAGAUAUUCUAGGUGCAUCAGACCCUUAUGUGAAACUAAAGCUCACUGAGGAUAAGCUUCCUGCAAAGAAGACCUCUGUGAAACACAAAAACCUAAACCCUGAAUGGAAUGAGGAGUUCACCGUUGUCGUUAAAGAUCCAGAAACACAGGCUUUAGAGUUUCGUGUUUAUGAUUGGGAGCAGGUUGGCAAACAUGAGAAGAUGGGUAUGAAUGUAGUCCCUUUGAAGGAACUCCCCCCUAACGAGCCAAAAGUUAUGACUUUGGACCUCCUUAAAAAUAUGGAUUUGAAUGAUGUUCAAAAUGAGAAGUCACGGGGGCAGCUUGUAGUUGAAUUAACAUACAACCCUUUCAAAGAGGAAGACAUACCAAAAGCUUUUGAAGAAACAAAUACACUACAGAAGGCUCCGGAUGGAACGCCUGCCAGUGGAGGUCUGCUUGUAGUUAUAGUUCACGAAGCUCAAGAUGUUGAAGGGAAGCACCACACUAAUCCAUUCGUACGGAUUCUUUUCAGAGGGGAGGAGAGAAAGACUAAGCAUAUUAAGAAGAACAGAGAUCCAAGAUGGGAAGAGGAGUUCUCGUUUAUGCUGGAUGAGCCUCCCGUUAAUGACAAAUUGCAUGUGGAGGUUCUCAGCAGCUCAUCAAGAAUAGGCCUGCUGCAUCCAAAGGAAUCUCUGGGGUAUGUUACUAUCAAUCUUUCAGAUGUUAUUUCCAACAAAAGAAUCAAUGAGAAGUACCAUCUUAUAGAUUCCAAGAAUGGACGUAUCCAGGUUGAGUUACAAUGGAGGACUUCAUGAGCAUGCUUUUUUUUUUAUUUUUUUUAUUUUUUUAUUUGUUUUGUUUUGGUUUUCACUUUGCUAGUUUGCUGAGUUUGAAUAGCACAUGACAGGGAAGACUUUUUUUUUUUGUCAUCUUUAUACUAUGUCAAUUUGUUUGUUUUUCAUGUACAUGAUUGUAAUAAUAACUACAAUUUCGAUUCAUAGUUUCAUUGAGACAUUGCUUUGCUUUUGUUUA